AAGGUCCUAAGAAUACUCUGUAUACAGUGUUUGACGAACAACGGUCUCAAACCAAAAGUAUUAGAGUACUAUAUGAGAGAAAUUGUACAGGUGAACUUACUUUUUUUUCACUUGAUAGCUCUAUCAGUUCUAAACUGUUCUUUCUAGGGGUCCAGCGAGGAUUAUCACUUAUUGAUGCGGUGUUAUUACAGGAGGAAACCUAAACUUAACUGAUUUUAUUUAUACUGGACAGCUUUGUCAGUUCUAAACUGUUCUUCCUAUAUGUCCAAUAAGAGUCAUCACUUAUUGAUCCAGUGACACGUGAUGACACACUAAAUGACACGUGAUGACAUGUUUCUAGACAUACGGUGCAGAUGUGUUUUAUCGAGCCAUGACACCGCUGGAUACUACAGGAUUUCUAAGGACACCAACAGCUCGACAUUUUCCUACGCUUAGAAAAUCAUUUCAUCUUGAUGUUCACGAUGUACAAGAACAGGUGAUGUUUGUUUUUGUUCUGUUCUGUUCUGUUCUGUUUUGUUCUGUUCUGUGUUCUGUUCUGUUCUGUUCUGUUCUGUUCUGUUUGUUUGUUUGUUUGUUUGUUUGUUUGUUUGUUUGUUUGUUUGUUUGUUUGUUUGUUUGUUUGUUUGUUUGUUUGUUUGUUUGUUUGUUUGUUUGUUUGUUUGUUUGUUUGUUUGUUUGUUUGUAGUGAGGAUGGUGGUGAUUAUGAUGGUGAUGGUGGUGAUGACAGUGGUGAUGAUGGUGAUGACAGGUCCCUCAUGAAUACCAGCUUCUCAGCUGAAGAGGCUAGCCUGUUCAAAUAAGGUUUUCCAAUCCAAUCCAUGAUAAUGGUGAUGAUAAUAAUAAUAAUAAUAACAGUCUUUAUUCAUACUCAAGAACACCCGUCUGUGAGUUUACAUUAUAAAAAUAUAUAAGAUAAAAUUAUUGAUAUCUAUAAGGUAAUAACUAGAUAUAUACAGUUAUGGAUAAAAAUAUUAAUAAUGUUAAAAAGGUAAAGGUUAAAAUUGGUUAAACAAAGUUAAACAAACAUCGAUUUACAAAAGAACUUUUAAAACGCUCUGUUCUCACUAAUGGAAGUUCAAACUCGUGUCCCCUUGGCCUAAGGUGUCUAUUUAAUUUAUCUGGUAAAAGCUCCUGUAGUGCAUUAUCUUUAUUAUGUAUUACUUUAUCCCAAAGUUUCUUGUCCCUUUUGAUGCUUAUCUCCUUAAUAUUCAAUUUUUCCGAUAUGUAACCACUUCUGUGAGCGCGAUUGAUGAAUUUGUCUAUUUGACUAAUGUAUUUAUUGAAGUAUGCGCCUCCCCAAAGUUCUAUGCCGUAAGUGAUUAUAGGCAUAAUUAAAGUGUUAAACAGCAUGUCCAGUUGUUUGAUUGGGAAGCCAUAGAACUUACAGACACGCAUUAUGUACAUUCUUGCACUGGCUUUUUUCAACAUUUCAUCAAAAUGCAAAUCCCACUUGGAAGGGAGAUCCUGUAAUGUAAUUCCUAAAAUCUUUAACCACGUCCUUCGUUUAAUAAAUGGAAAAGGAUCAGGCAACAACGUAGGGAUAUUUCUCCUAACAAUCAUUUCAUACGUCUUUUCCAUAUUUAAGGACAUUCGAUUAUUUUCAGACCAUGUUUGUAUACUGUCCACUUCGGCUUGGGAUGUAUCUCCGUUUUCAUUCCCUGGUACUUCUAAUGUCAUGUCAUCCGCGAACUUAACUAACUGGUUUAUGGGGUUACCGGGUUAACUGUUUUGAUGUCAUUCACCAUGAUCGAAAAGAGGACAGGACCCAGAACUGUCCCUUGGGGAACACCUCGAUUAAUGUUCAAGUAUUCAGUUUCUAUUCCAUCAACCACUACCCUCUGUUUCCUAUCCUCCAAAAAACUAAUCAGCCAAUUAGUAACAUAACGAUGACGAUGUUGUUGGUUCGUGUUUGCAGCUUUUCAUACUUCCACACUGAUGGUUAAAAAUGUUCGUAUUUCAGAACCCACGUGAUAUUUCCUACACAUACUCGGGUUAUGCUCCACUCAGCGUACGCUUGGCGCAACAUGCAGCCAGGCCUUCUGGUUGGAGGGGAGUUGAAGAGGUAUGGCACUACUAUAUUCUAUAUUGCGAGCAGCCUGCGAAGAGACAGGACACUACAUAGCAUUCAAAUACAGGAGCACGUUACACUUUGUUUAUAACUGGACUGUUAUCGUCCGCAAACUUCAGUACUUCUGAAUGUGACAAACAUCAUUUUCCCUACAGGUGCUAAAAUUACUACCAGGUCCUACGAUAGAUGAAAUUCAACAUUUGCCACAAGGUUUACUCAAACGUAAGUUAGUUCCAACCAAACCUGUUUGGAAUAGAACCUGA